AUGCAGCUGCUCCUCGACAAAGGCGCAGACAUCAACUACACAGAUGCCUUCGGACGACGAGCAAUCCACUACGCGUCGUUCAAAACACUCCCGCAAGUUCGCCUGCUCCUCGACGCUGGAGCAGAUGUCACAGCCAAGACCAAAAUCGGACAGUCGCCUCUCCACAUCGCGGUAGCGAGCAACCACCUCGAUGUCGUAGAACUCAUCCUCUCUAAGACCAAACAUCUCAUCAACGAGCCAGACAUCGAUGGAUGGACGCCCCUCAUGAAGCCCAUAUACUGGGCAGCGGGUGAAGGGAAUGAAUCAAUAUGUAGUAUGCUCUUAGACAAUGAAGACGAAUGCGGACUCUUUUUGAAGCCCGCAGACUAUCAAGCUGCAUUCAGCCAAGCAAUAGAGAAGGGCAGUCUCGGUAUUGUGAAGAUGCUCUGGGAUCGACGAGAGGUGAUUUUGAAUGGAAAGAAUCAGUACGAUUACACGCCCCUACAGAGCGCUGCCAACAAAGGGCACACGGAAAUCGUCAAAUUCCUCAUAGAUCAAGGCGCUCUCAUCGAAGAUCACGAGCAGGGAGACCAAGCACUCAUCCACGCAGCUUCCGAAGGCCAUUUCGAAUUCAUGAAACUCCUUAUCUUAGAAGGGAAGAACGAAGAUACACCCCUCAUAACAGCAGCGGGCAAAGGACAUGAGAAGGUCAUUAAAGUGCUCCUUGCAAAUGGAGCGGAUAGGGAUCUGACGAAUAAGUUUGGGGAUACGGCGUUGGAUAUUGCAGAAGAGAAUGGGAAGGAGGAGGUUAUUGCCUUGUUGGAGGGAUAG